GCGCCUCAGCUGAGGAUCUUUGAUUCAGUGGCAGAGCUCGAGACACCCCAUUGCCGGACACCGCCAACGGGAAUACAGUUAGAGUUCAGAUGAAUAGGAACUAAUGCGUAGAAGAGGAGGAGAAGUUUCAUAGAAUUCAAAGGCUACUACAAUAUCCCCUUCGGGGAUCAAUACAGAUCCAUCUAUCCAUCUAGUCUAUCUGGCCUAUUGUUGAAUUGAUGACCAGCCGGCGGGUUUUCACUCUCUCCGUUCUUCAACCAAACGACACUUUCUGUACCCCAAGAUAUCAUAUGACAACAAUCAAUCUAAAGCCAGCGGAAGAUCCGAGGCAAUGUGUGACACGCUCCUCCGGUUGCAAUUGAUUGGUGCAAGAGGCGCCUGUUAUUCCACCGGAGCAUGACACCGUUAACUGCAGACAGCCGGAGAGGGGCAUCUGACAUGAACUCCCGCGGACUGGUGCAACACUUGGCGAGGGAUUCGACUCUUUAAAGCGGCGGCGGGGCUCUCAUCCUACUCGGUUGUGAAGACAAUUUAAGAAAGUGGGGGGGCAAACGAUCAUAGCAGAAAAGACGCGCCACCUCAAACCAUGGGGAUACAACAUCUUUUACUGCUUCUGAUUUACUUGGAUCCACUGCACGUGCUGUCCCAGAUUGCCAACAAGAAAAACAAAAACGUUCCCAAACGGCCUCAGAAGAUGCGCGAGGCAAACAGUACAGCAUUCCCGAUAACGCUGGUGCCAAGAAGGAUCACACAGGUCCAGGCACCCCUGCUCGGAGUCCACGAGACGUGCCUGGGCUACUACGACGUUAGCGGACAGUACGAUAAAGAGUUCGCGUGCAACAACACCGAUCACCGGUACUGCUGUGGAAGUUGUUUCCUUCGCUUUUGCUGCGCGGAUAAAGUGAAACGUUUAGAGCAGAAAACAUGUACGAAUUACAACACCCCAGACUGGAUAAAAACUCAGCCGCCGUCCCCAGCACCAACAGGUGACACCUAUGACCCAGACCUAGACCAGACUAACACGACCGUGUACAUCACGUGCGGCGUGAUCGCGUUCAUCAUAUUCCUCGGGAUUUCAGCUAAAGUUGCCUAUGAUAAAGCCACCAAACCGCCGCAAGAAAUGAACGUCCAUAGAGCCCUGGCGGACAUUUUGAGGCAGCAAGGAUCGGUUCCCGUAUCCAAGUAUGAAAAUGAGAACAUGGAGGCGAUCGAUGGUUCCCCCAAGGAGAACACUCCUGUCAGAACUUCUAAGAACCACUACACUCCUGUUCACACCAAGGCGUCCAACCACGGGCACUACGCCAAGGAGAACUUCCGCGGAGGCCAGGACAUGCACAACUUCAUCUCCUCAGGCUUCGUCACGCUGGGACGAGGCCACCUCAAAGCACAGCACUCAGUGGACGACCUUGGACAGAUGUCCUGGCAAGGAGACCCAGACAUCCCUCUCUCCUACAGCAACCACCAGCAUGACUACCAACACAGCCACCUAGACCUCACCGCCCUCACGCCCAAAAUAGCACACAAGUCAAAAGGAACUCCACCUGUCAUGCUGAAGGAGGAGCACCAGUCCACCCACCCGGAGAGCUAUGCCUGCAAUGCAGGGCAGUGCUCAUGA